AUGGCGGAUCGUUUCCCUUCAUUGGAGGACUUCUCUGCAGGCCAGACCGAAGUCGUUGAGACCAACGGUGCCUCAGAUGAAAAUGACUUCCUAGCUCGCGAACGGGCUAUGCUCGGUGAUGAUGCAGAACAAUUUGCGACUCCCCAAGAUCAUGUCGCCGACGACAUAAACAAUGACGACGACUUGCUGGGAGGUGCGGAUGCCGCCCCGUCCGCGGGUGGUGUUGAGCCUCAGGAGAUCGCUGGAUUCGAGUCUUCCUUCCCUGCUCUCGACACACAAAACGAGCAAGUUGCUCCUGGCGGCACAAUCACUGGGUCGGGUGCCCCCUUUCCACCCACCGGGUAUUCCAACUAUACCUCCCAAGCCCCGGAGGAGGAGCCAGAGCCCGUCAGGGAAUGGCGUGAGCGGCGAGAUGCGGACAUUCAGCGUCGUGCGGAGAUCUCGGAGGAGAAGAAGGAAUCUACCAUAAAGAAGGCGCGCGAGGAUAUUGACGACUUUUAUGUCUCAUACAACAACAAGACCGACAAGCUUCGUGCCCAGACUCGCGCUGAGGCAGAUCAGUUCCUGUCCAACCGGGAGGACACUUCUUCGGGAGGUACUAGCUGGGAACGCAUCGCGAAGCUUGUCGAUGUCUCCGGAAAGGGAACCAAGGGUGGUGCCAGCGGCUCCGGCAAGGAGCGCUUCCGAGAGUUGCUCCUUGACCUUAAGAAGGAUCAGAAUGCCCCUGGUGUCAGCGGCGUUUAG